UUAACAUCAUUUGUAAGCAAAUUUCUGCAGAGUUUUGAUCGAAAUUCACCGCAUUUGUUUCCUUCAGGACGUAUUAUUAAGUGUUUAAUAAUAAAAGCUACCGCUCAACGCUGUGGCAAAGAGUUCGAAUAACUUUGUUGAACAAUAAAUAAAUACACUUAGUUCGAUUUGUACACACAGCAAAUCUCAUCAUGGAUACAUACUUGUUCGAUGGCGGUCGCAUUACAAAAAUGGAGGUGGACUAUGAGCCAGCCUGCAAUGAAAAAAUCCCACUGGCCAAGGAAUUGGCUAAAAAGAAUCCCGACGCCUUUCACGAAUCCAUCGAAAUGAUGCUGCAAUUAGAGAAACAAACGCGUCUGGGCGCUGACAUGGUCUCCUGCUCCCGCGUCCUUGUUGCCAUCUGUCAGAUCUGCCUCGAGGCGGGCAACUGGAAUGCGUUGAACGAAUACGUUUCAUUGUUGGUGCGACGUCGUUCGCAGCUAAAGCAGGCGGUAGUCAAGAUGAUUCAAGAGUGCUGCACAUACGUGGACAAGACUCCCGACAAGGAAACCAAACUUAAGUUAAUCGAUACGCUGCGUUCUGUAACUGAGGGAAAAAUAUAUGUGGAAAUCGAGCGUGCUCGUUUAACCAAAAUUCUGGCUGACAUCAAAGAAGCCGAUGGUGAUGUGGCUGGUGCAGCUGCUGUUAUGGAAGAGUUGCAAGUGGAGACCUAUGGUUCAAUGGAUAAACGUGAGAAGGUUGAGCUCAUCUUGGAGCAAAUGCGACUGUGCCUGCUGAAGGAGGAUUAUGUGUCAACGCAGAUCAUUGCCAAGAAGAUCAGCAUCAAGUUCUUCGAUGAUCCGGCUCAGCAUGAUCUCAAGCUAAAGUUUUACAAUUUAAUGAUACAGUUGAAUCGGGAUACAUCAUUCCUAAAUACCUCGCGUCACUAUCAGGCUAUUGCUGAGCCACCACGUAAGAAAGCGCCAGCCGCUGUGGAAUCAUCAACUGGAGGCGAUGAAAAGAAAAAGAGCGAGGAGAAAAAGACGAAAGAUGAGGAGGACAAAAAGUCUGAGGCAACCGUGUCAGCAAUUGAGCUUGAAACCGAACUGACAGAUGCACAGAAAAAGGAGUUGACCGAUAAACUGGUCUGCGCUGUGCUCUACUGUGUCCUGGCUCCUUAUGACAACGAACAGAGUGAUAUGAUGGCUCAUUUGUCCAAGAACAAGAAGCUUGAGGAUGUUCCCGUCUAUAAAGAAAUACUGCGUCUGUUCAUGUCAAAGGAGCUGAUUAAUUUUGAUACUUUCAAUGCUGAUUUUGGCUUGGUCCUGGCCGAGAAUGAAAUGUUCAAAGACAGCACAAAGCAUGGCAAGAAGUGCAUCACUGAGCUGAAAGAUCGCCUGAUAGAGCACAAUAUUCGCAUUAUUGCAAUGUACUAUUCACGAUUGCAUUUGUCGCGUAUGAGCGAACUGCUUAAUUUGCCCACAAAUCGCUGUGAGGAAUAUCUAUCGAAGUUGGCCAAUAGUGACACAAUACGUGUCAAGAUCGAUCGACCAGCUGGCAUUAUCUACUUUACCACAAAGAAAAGCGCCUCCGACAUAUUGAACAACUGGGCAACCGAUGUAAAUCAAUUGAUGUCGCUGGUCAACAAAACCUGUCACCUGAUCAAUAAGGAGGAGUGCGUCUAUUCGGUGAUGUGCGCCGUCGAGGACUAGGAGCAUUUGUAGUAGAUUUUAUUGUGUUUUCGCUUUUGAAACGCCUGCCCAUAUACAUACAUACAUUUAUUGUAAUACUAACUAACCAACCCUCAAAUUGAUUCUUUUACUAAGGUUUGUAUUCAUUGAAUGAAGUACAACGACAAUUAAAAACCAAACAUCA